AUGAUUCAGAGAUUGACACUGAGAAGACGUCUGUCUUACAACACCAAGUCUAACAAGCGACGCAUCGUUCGUACACCUGGUGGCCGCCUUGUGUAUCUGUACGUGAAGAAGCAGCGUAUCGUGCCAAAAUGUGGACAGUGUAAGGAGAAGCUCAGUGGAAUCAAGCCAUUCCGACUAAGCGAGCGUCCGCGUAUGUGCUGUCGUCUGAAGACCAUCACUCGUACCUUCGGUGGAGUUCUGUGCCAUCGUUGUCUGCGCGAACGCAUCAUCCGCGCAUUCCUGAUCGACGAACAGAAGGUCGUGAGGGUACUGAAGGCCUAA